CCGCCGCCCCGCCAUGGCGGCUGCAAGGCAAGUGCUGUGUCUGUGGGCUUUGCUGGGCGUGCCGCGCGUUCGCUGCGAGCCCAUCCGCUACUCCGUGGCCGAGGAGGGCGAGAGCGGCUCGGUGGUGGCCGACGUGGCGGAGGACGCGGGGCUGGCCCCGGCGCAGCUCUCGGCUCGCCGGGCGCGCAUCGCCUCGCCGGCCGGCCGGCAGCACUUUCGCUUGGAGCGCGGCAGCGGCCGCCUCGUUGUCGCCGAGCGGCUCGAUCGGGAGGAGAUGUGCGGACGCUCCCGCACCUGCACGCUCGCCUUCGAGCUGCUGCUCGCCGACCCGCUGCAGUUCUUUCCGAUCGAGGUGUCCGUGGAGGACAUCAAUGACCACUCGCCGGUCUUCCCGGACGAACGAGUGACCUUUAAGAUCCUGGAAACUAGCGACCCGGGCUCGCAUUUCCCUGUGGGGGCGGCUCAGGACCUGGACAUUGGCAGCAAUGACAUCCAGGCGUACAGCAUCUUUCCUGAGAACGAGUUCUUCAGUGUCUUCACUCAAAGGAGGCAUGAGGGCAAUAUGAAUGUUGAACUGGUUUUGCAACAGCCUCUGGACAGAGAGGAACAGUCAGAGUUGGAUUUCACUCUCGUUGCCACCGAUGGGGGCUCUCCGCCCAGGAGCGGGACCACCCAAAUCCACAUCAUAGUUAUGGAUGUAAAUGACAAUGCUCCCAUUUUCACAGAGGACACAUAUACUGGGCGAGUUGUGGAAAAUGCACCAGGAGGAUCAUUAGUUCUCCGUGUGAUGGCCAUGGAUGCCGAUGUGGGAAUUAAUGGUGACGUUUCAUAUCAAAUCAUCCAAUCUGUGGGCCAGAGCCAUUCAGCAUUUGCAAUCAACUCCACAAAUGGAGAAAUUCGAGUAAGAGAACCUCUGGAUUUUGAGGCUUCACAGAAACAUGAGCUGAGUGUGCGGGCUACAGAUGGUGGAGGACUGUCGACACUCUGUCAUGUAUUGAUUGAGGUGCUGGAUGUGAAUGACAAUGCACCAGAGAUCGUGGUCAGUUCCUUCAGUAGCCCAAUCCCAGAGAAUGUAGAACCUGGAACAGUGGUCGCACUCUUUGCUGUCAGGGAUCAGGAUUCCGGCGUCAAUGGGGAGAUUACAUGUGCCCUUGAAGAACAGCUCUCCUUCGCCCUCAGGCCAGCCUUCAAGAACUACUACGAGCUGGUGACCGUGAGCACACUGGACCGGGAGGAGAGAGCACAGCACAUGGUGGUCGUCACGGCAGCAGAUGCAGGCUCUCCUCCUCUCACCAGCACCCACACCUUCAGCGUGGACAUCUCCGAUGUCAACGACAACGCACCCGUCUUCAACCAGACGUCGUACACCAUGUACGUGCAUGAGAACAAUGCACCUGCACUGCUCGUCGGGGCCGUGAAGGCGACGGAUGCGGACGCGGGGCCCAACGCCAAGGUGAGCUAUUCCGUGGUGCCAGCCCGUGGCCCGGAAGAAGAGCCCUGCUCGUGUGUGUCCGUGAACUCGGAGAGCGGAGGCGUGUUUGUGCUGCGGCCGCUGGACUACGAGCAGCUGAGGCAGCUGGAGGUGGUGGUGAGCGCUGCAGACGCGGGGUCCCCUCCCCUCAGCAGCAGCGUCAGCGUCCGCCUGCUGGUGGUGGACGAGAACGACAACGCGCCGCUGGUGCUGCACCCCAGCGCGCAGGACAGCAGCCCUCCUUCCAGCGAGCUGGUGCCCGCCGGGGCCGAGGCGGGGGACCUGGUGAGCAAAGUGGUGGCCGUGGACGCCGACUCGGGUCAGAACUCGUGGCUUUCCUACCAGCUGCUGAGGGCCACGGAGCCGGGGCUGUUUGCUGUGGGUGCCCAAAGCGGGGAGGUGCGGCUGAGGAGGCCGCCGACCGAGAGGGACGCUGCGAAGCAGAAGCUCGUCGUGCUGGUGCGGGACAACGGGCGGCCGCCGCUGUCGGCCACGGCAGCGCUCAGCGUGCUCCUCGUCCCCGGCUCCUGGGACGCUCAGCUGCCGCAGCAGAGCCCUGCUGCAGGCGAGGACGACGGCUCCCUCACCACCUCUUUGAUCAUCGCCUUGGUCUUUGUCUCUCUCCUCUUCUUGCUGUCGGCGGCCGCCUUUGUCGCCUGCAAGGUGUGCAAGAGGAAGGAGCUGAGUAGCGGGCCCGUGCUUUACGGCGCCAGCAGCGUGCAGAGCUACGUGGCUGACGGGGCCGCUGCCGGGACCCUGCCCCACGCCUAUUGCUACGAGGUCAGCCUCACCACGGGCUCGGGCAACAGCGAGUUCAAGUUCCUGAAGCCCGUCCUCCCCAGCCUGCCAGCGCAGCACUGCAGCACGGGGGUGGGUGGCGCCCAUGCUGAGGAGUUCCCUCCCGUGCCUGUCACUAUGGGGGAUGCUGAUUUCGAGAGCCCCGGGAUGCAGUCUGUGGCACAAUUGAAUGGGUUUUAAUUCGCACAGGGUCUCCAGUUCGGGUAGAUUCGUGGCUUGUUUAAUUGGCAUUUGGGUUUGAUGGUUAAUUGCAUGUCCCCUUGUUUAGAUCUGCAUUUGUCAUUUGCAUCCCAUAGCACAAGGUUGCUGUGCGUUCCCUCUGCUCCCCUGAAAGUACAGCAGCAACGUGAUUCAAGUUUCAUGCAUGUCAAUUAAUGGUAUUUUUAUGAUCUGUUAUGUCUGUUUUUGGAAUGCUUCCGCAUUGGAUUUCUCUCCAUGGUGCCCCGCUCAUUUCUUCCCCAUUUGCUGGGUGAUCGUUUGGGCCAUGCUUAUUCCUGAGGGGGAUGCAGAACUGCACAGCUGCGGGGCUAAGUCUGGAGGGCAGUUUUCUGGGAGUUCCCUUAGGUAGCCCGGAGUCUGCACAGCCGGUGUCUUUGUGGCUUGAGAAAGGAAGGUCUCUGUGCAGUGGCAUUCAUCUCCAGAGGGAUGUUGCAUUUGCAAUUGGCAUUGUGCAUUCCCAGACGGCUGAGUGAGAAGGACGGUUUCCCUCCAUGUUCUCUGAAAGAAGCUGACAAACAGAAAUUUGCAUUAUGUUUCAGGAGUGCUGUGGUUUGCUGUGUGUGGAGCCCUGCGUUUUCAUGUGCUACUGGCACUGCAUUCUUCCUUUGCUGAGUUGUGCUUCUUAUGGUGUUUGCUGUGCGUUUUCCCUCCUGCUCAUUAUGUCUCUCCAUACAGCUGUGCUCUGAUCCACCCACUCUGAUGCAUUCUCUUGCAGCUGAGCGGGGAAAUUGGGUCUUUGCUGAGUCCAGCAACCAGCACUACAGCUGCUCGCAUGGUGUUGUGACACACCAUAACUCAUGGGUGUCCAACUUUGUGGCUUGCCUGGCCUGCAUUGUGUUAGUUGGAAUUGUCUUGGUUUGCAUGUAGGUACAUUGCUUGGAAAGUAAUGCCUCCUCUUUAUUUCCAUGGAAACUGGAACUGCCACAAGGAACAAAAUAGUACUGUUGGACAGAGCAGAUUCCCAGUUACAAAAUGCUGUUUUUUCAACAUAGUCACUAUCAUAGCUAUGCGUAUGCACUGGCAGUGAUCCUGAGCCUGGACGUUGCUGUCAUGAUCAUCUGCACCAGUGAAGCUGACCGUCUGUUGCUACUGCUGAAACACACCACUCACCACCUCAGGGUGCUCACCUCCACUGCCUGAUCUCCAUAAUCAUUCUGCAAGUGUUGACGAAUGUCCGUGAUUGAACUUUUUCUGCAUGGAGUUUUUCAUUGACAAUCAGAGCUUGUUAAAGUCUUCCAUGACAGAUCUUAUCUUGUCAGUCUGCCCCUCUGCAGCGAUCUUAUGAAUGGUAAGAAAAGGUAAUGGGAUAUUGGUGGGAUGGUUCAACCUCUUCUGUCAUUCCACCAAAGUACACCUUGCAUAUCGUGGGACACCGCAAUAAAACGGGAGGCAUUACUUUCCAAGCUGCCCUCAUUGAGUAUACAGCAUCAUUAUUAUGAAAGUACAAAAACAUUUGCGUUUUAAAAACAUUUCUUAAAACUUUUAUAAAAGCGGAACAGAAACAUGAAAGGAGUGUGACAUUUUCCUGGUGAGAACAAUGCAUCAGGCUGGUUUGGUGGUACCAGAUGCAAUUCUUACUGACGACUCAGUGUCCUCUUCAGAGUUUUCUGAUGAAAAGUUUCUCCACCUGUACUUCAUCCUUGAUAACAGAUAUUCACAAAUGUACAUACAACAAAGAAACAAAGACAUGAGUAAAGGUUGAUGGUGAAGUGAGAGAUAUUUCUCUCUGGUAAGAUAGGGACUGUUGAAGUCUUCACCAGCCAGGGCUCUAGCUGCAUGGCCCAAGCUGCAGAAAGCAAGGUAAGAACUGGGAGAAGGAGGAUCUGUCUGCUGUCAGUGAAGAUCACAUUUGUGACCAUCUAAAGAACCUGCAGGUGCACAAGUGCACGGGACCCGAUGAGCUCCGUCCCCAAGUUCUGCGGCAAAUGAAGUUGCCAAUCUGCUAUCCAUCAUAUUUGAAAGGUCAUGGCAGCCUGGUGAAGUUCCCACUGAUUGGAAAAGGGGAAACAUAACCCCCAUUUUCAAGAAAGGAAAAAAAGAUCCAGAAAACUGACAGCCAGUCAGUCUUACCAGUGUGCCUGACAGGACCAUGAAGCCUGAAGGCCUCCUGAAGGCUUCCUGAAGGCCCUACUGAAGUGCAUGGAAAAUAAGGAGGAGGUGACUGAUGGUAACCGCCAUGGCUUCACCAAGGGCAAGUCAUGCCUGGCAAGCUCGGUGGCCUAGUUACAGCAUCAGUGGAUAAAGGAAGAGCAGGUGGUUUAAUCUACUUGGACUUAUGCAAAGGAUUGGGCACAGUCCCGCAUGACAUCUGGUUGCUACAUAGGAGAAAAAUUGUUUUUGAUGGAGAAACUACUUGCUGGAUAACAAAUUAGAUGGAUGGUAACAGUGAACGAUCUGUGGUCAACGACUCCAUGUCCAGUGGAGACCAGUGAUGUAUGGCAUUCCUCAGGGACUGAUUCUGGGACCGGUGCUAUUUAAGUGUUUGUGGGUGACAUGGAUGUCUGGAUUGAGUGCACCCUCAGCAAGUUUGCGGGUGAUGCAAGCUGAGUGGAGCCGUUGACAUGCUAGAGGUAAGAGAUGCCAUCCAGAGGGACGCGGUCAGGCUUGAGAGGUGGGCCCAUGCCAACCUCAUGAAGUUCAACCAAGACACGUGCAGCAUUGUGCACCUGGGUCAGGGCAAUCCCUAGCUCAAAUGCAGGCUGGUCAGAGAAUGGCUUGAGAGCAGCCCUGAGGAGAAGGACUUCAAGGUGUUGGUUGAUGAAAGACUCUACAUGGGCAGCAGUGUGCUUUUGUGGUCCAGAAGGCAGAAGUUAUCUAGGGUUGCCUCAAGAGAAGCACGACAAACCGUUCAAUGGAGGUGAUUCUUCCCCUCUACUCUGUCCUCAUGAGACCCCACCUGGAGUACUGCAUGCAGUUUUGAGGCCUACCAUGUAAGAAGGACAUGGAUCUGUUGGAGUAGGUUCAGAGGAGCACCACAAGGAUGAUGAGAGGGCUGGAGCAUCUCCCCUGUGUGAACAGGCUGAGAGUGCUGGGGCUCUACAGCCUGGAGAAGAAAAGACUCUGGGGGUACCUUAUAGUGGACUUCCAGUAAAUGAAGAGGCACACGGGAAAGUUGGGGAGGGAUUUUUAGAAGGACAUGUACUGACAGGAUGAGGGAAAAUGGCUUUGAAGUCAUAGAGAGUAGGUUUAGACUAGGUAUGAAGAAGAAAAUCUUUACUGUAGGGGUGGUGAGAAACUGGAAGAAGUUACCAGGAGGUGUGGAUGCCCCCACCCUGAAAGCGUCCUAGGCCAGACGGGAUGGGGCUGUGAGCAAUCUGGUCUGGUGGGUUGUGGCCCUACUUCAGCAGAAGAGUUGGAUUCAGAGGAUCUUGUAGGUCCCUUCCAACCCAAACCAUUGUAGGAUUCUAGGAAAGUUGGGUAAAGGCAUGUGGUAAGAUCUUUGAGUUGGAUAUAUGGUUGCAACUCCAGAUGUUCCCUUUGAAAGUUAUUUGCUAAUGUAUGUAUAUGAACAGAAAAUGAAGAUGUAGGCAUAAAUUCAUGAUUUUUAUUUCAAUCUUGAAUCCUAUUUCCACAUUCCAUUAUCAUAAGUGAAAGCAUAAUUGCGUACUCUUUGUUGCUCAGAGCUGUGUGUUACGCAAGAGCAGUAAAAUGCAUGCAGUUUCUCCCUCUCUUUUUCCGUAUUCCUGUUUGCUCUGUUUUCCUACUGACACAUCUAUUCAUUUACAUGUACUGCUACCCCACAGAGGAUAAGGGAAGGUUGGAAAGGAGACGAUUUGGCAGACACUAUCCAGAGUACUCAAAUAUUGUGUUAUGUUGCAAAUAUAAACUGAAUUAUUGUGAUCCAGGAUGACACUGUCCGUUGAACUGAUAUGAAAGGAAACUCACAGUGCCACUCCUGUAAUAAAAUGUCUGGUGCUGUUCUGACAAACUGUGUAGAGAUGGAUUUAUUUUCGGGAAUGAUCUGCAAAAGAUGCAGAGCUAUUCAGUGACAUGGAGGCCAUUUCUGUUCACCAGAAGAAACAUUGAGAGCAUUUUCUCAUGCCCCUGUCCGUGCCUUUGUGCUUCAUAGAGCGGUUGUGGUUGAGUUUGGGGCUCAUUGUAGAGGGUGCGCGGAUCUGGGUGGGUCGGUCAGGCGGCUCUUGGGGCGUGCGAGGAGGUGAGGAGGCGCCGGGCGCUGCAGCUUGGGUGCGUUGCCCGAAGCGCCGCCUCGGCAGGAGUGUGGGUGCUCACACUGCUCACUGCAGCACGGGGGUUGGUGGUGACGAUGCUGAGGAUCUCCCUCCGGUCCCUAUCACCACGGUGGAUGAAACUCUGGACCAUGUAGGCACCCAAUUUGUGUGAUAGCUCUCUGGGUUGCCCUUUAAUUUGCAUUGUCUGACAACCAGAGGUUUUGUGACUUAUGUUAUAUUGGGAUCUUUGCUGUGAUACUUCACUUUAUUUUCUUCUUUGUGAAUCUGCAUUUUCUCUUAGAAUCAUGUAUGUGAGCACAGUGCUCUUUGAGAGCAAAGCUUCUCUACUCUCCUCUUCAGUAUAAAAACAGUUAAUUAUAUCAAAUAGUUUUUCAUUCCUGUAGGGAAUUGUAUUUUCCGUUUCUUUUCUGACCUUUUUUUCAUAUGCUUCUAAAAUGUGUUUAUUUUCUUUUUGUCUCACUGAUAUCUUGUCCCGUUUUCUGUUGUAUGAAGCUACAGACCUCACUCUUUCUUAUUGUAGAAUCGUAGAACCAUAGAGUUGCCUGGAUUGAAAAGGACCACAAUGGUCAUUUAGUUUCAACCUCCCUGCUAUGUGGAGUGUCACCCACCACUAGACCACACUGCCCAGAGCUAAAUCCAGCCUGGUCUUGAAUGCCUCCAGUGACGGGGCAUCCAGAACCUCCUUGGGCAACCUGUUCCAGUGUGUCACCACCCUCUGUGUGAAAAACUACUUCCUAAUAUCUAACCUUAACCUCCCCUGUUUCAGUUUAAAACAAUUCCUCCUUGUCCUAUCACUAUUUACCCUCGUAAACAGCUGCUCCCCUUCCUGUUUAUAUGCUCCCUUCAAGUAUUUGAAGGCCACAAUGAGGUCUCCUAGGAGCCUUCUCUUCUCUGAGCUAUACAAUCCCAGUUCUUACUCAGUUCUGGAACAAAACCAUGAGACUGGGCACGCAAAUCCUCUUCAGUCCUCUUGACAAUGCUGCAUAGCCUACCUGUCAUGUCAGCUGGGCAAUGAAGCUGUGAGGUCUGUGUAACAUUGCAGUAUAAAUAUUACUGCCUUUCUUUGCUGGAUUACAGAUUUCCUUUUCUCUGAGAUUUGUAUUUUGCCUCCUGGUCAAUGCCUUCCCAUGUAACAAUUGUGUUACAUGAAUUUCACUAGUGUUUGUCAAGAAGUUGCUCUCAUCCACACAUUAUGAUAUAUGCUCUUGCAUCUCAUCUAUCAAAAUGGGUCAUUUCUCUGAAUCCAACUGUUCUCUAGGAGAGAGUUAAAAACUGCACAAAAAGAGUCUAUAAAAUGUGGAUGAUGUGUCUCCUUGGGGUUGCCUCAUAAUAUAGCAGCACUGAUAAUGACUGAUAAUGUUAGCAUAAGCUGUACUUAGCUGUGAAAAUAUGUACAUUGUGUUUGGAUGCAUUCUAGGACAAGCCCACGAAUUGCCUCAGAGGAUAUGGAAGUCACUACUGAGAUAAGCAUAUGAAACCAAGGACCUUCCUCUUCAGUCUUCAUUCCUAUUUGCUGAGGCUUCUCUAUAUGACAAUUUAUUAUAAUAUGAUUUUCCAGAUUUUUCUUAUAACUCUAGCAUUCUCUCACUUUUUCCCCCUUUUCUUUUUCUUUUACGAACUCAGUUUUAACUGUCUUACCUAUUCCCUUUAAGAAGUACUGUCACCCCACAUACAUUAAUCAAUUAUUGGGGUGAAAUGUGGUAUGGCACUAAAUAUUUGCAAACUCUCAUGUCAUGUUGAGCUGCAGUUAUAAACUGUGUAUUUGUAAAUCAAGAUGACCUUGUCUGUAAUACUGAAAUAAAGGAACACCUGAGUGCCAUUACUUCAAUAAAGUUGUUGUUGUGGAUAAA